CCAAUAUGCCUCAUCGGAGCAAGUUUGAAGACGGAAAGUCCUAUGGAAUAUAGCUUGGUUUGCCAGAAUUUCUAUGCCAUUUCAUUUAUCCCUGUGAGAAAUAAACUAUUUGUGUUCUGCAUCAUGCUGUCAUUGUGGGUUUACAUGUUAUAUUAUUGCGUCGGGUACUGCUCAUCCGUUCCGAGUUUUAUCAUCGACUCCCCAGGUGGGAAAAUCGACAACGCUGAACUGGACCACAGGAUACAAGCCAGAAUCCCUAACGGUGUCCAGUCAGACUCUGGUGGUCCUGAGCCGCUGAUCAAAACAUUCUCACGGGACUUAUUAAAUAAUGAGAACGACAUCGACAGCCGAGCCGACGACUGGGAUGAGGUGAAAGGCGAGCAGAGGAGUUUGGAAGAGAGCACCGUGUCGGCUUAUCUCAAUGGAACGGAAACUAAAAAGUUGCCACAGGCAAUUAUUAUUGGGGUGAAGAAAGGGGGUACGCGAGCUCUCCUUGAGUUUCUGCGCGUGCACCCGGACAUCAGAGCCGUGGGAGCGGAGCCCCACUUCUUCGACAGAAACUACGAUAAAGGGCUCGAAUGGUACAGAGACCUGAUGCCCAAGACGGUGGAGGGCCAGAUCACCAUGGAGAAGACGCCGAGCUACUUUGUGACGCGCGAGGUGCCGGCCCGCAUCCACGCCAUGUCCGCCGACACCAAGCUGAUCGUGGUGGUGCGCGACCCCGUGACGCGGGCCAUCUCGGACUACACGCAGACACGCUCCAAGAAGCCCGACAUCCCCUCCUUCGAGAGCCUGACCUUCCGCAACCGCACGGCGGGGCUGAUCGACGCCUCGUGGAGCGCGGUGCAGAUCGGCAUGUACGCCCGGCACCUGGAGCGCUGGCUCGCCUUCUUCCCCGCCGCGCAGCUGCUGUUCGUCAGCGGCGAGCGGCUCAUCAGCGACCCGGCCGGGGAGAUGGCACGCGUCCAGGACUUUCUGGGCCUCCGCAGGGUCGUCACGGAGGAACAUUUCCACUUCAACCCGGCCAAGGGCUUCCCGUGUCUGAAGAGGCCGGAGAGCAACAGCAAGCCCCACUGCCUGGGCAAGACCAAAGGGAGGACCCACCCCAGCAUAGACCCCGGCGUGGUGCAGAGCCUGAGGGACUUCUACAGGCCCUUCAAUAAGAAGUUCUAUCGCAUGACGGGCCACGACUUUGGCUGGGAUUGACUGCUGACAGAGAGAGAGAGACUCAAGAGUGUUUUGGUCGUGGUUGUUAGGUAGCUUAAAAUGUUACGCCCUGAAGACACUGAAAUGGACAGCAGAAAUGGGAGAGAGAUGUGAACAUUUCCAGAGAUAUUUGUUUUUUUGUUGUUGUUUUAAAGAAGUUCAGAAGUCUAUUUUAUAAUAAUUUAUUUGU